AAACCAUUCCCAUUUGUUUUGAAAGCCCAAACUUACCGUUGAAGACCUACAAGUGAACCCUAACCCUAGAAGAAAUGUAAAUGGAUAAGAGAAACCUCACUGCAUGUGUGUGUCUCACAGAGUGCCUCGGAACCAUGUCGCCAAUGGAUAAGAAGAUUGACGCCGUAGGAAAGGAGGUGAGCUUCCAACCCAUCCUUACCAACUGCCGUCUCUCUGUUAACAAAAGAUGGAUGCCUUCAAUGUUUAAUCUUGAUUCCCCACGACGUUUUACCUACCGUGUGGACCCAAAAGCAGGGUAUGAAGGGUUCCAAAGGGGGCUGGAAAGAUGUUUUUGGAUUGCUAUGAUAAGAGGCUCGGUUGUAGCUUAAGUGAUCCUGCACGAAGGACAGUGGAUACAUUGGCUAUCUGAAGACAUUUAUGAAAGAUGAAGAUUUAAAGUUUUUGGGAAAAGUAAUGCGGUGCCAUUCAAACCGUAAAGCUGUUGUGGAGCUUUCUAAGAGCUCUCCAGACCUUGAGUCCCCUCAACAGGAUUCAUUUGGACGGGCCCGGAAACUUGUUUCGAUUCAGCUUAGGGCAGGACUAACUGCCAAUCUCUAUGUCUGUAAGAUGGAAUGUGCAGAUCCGCUUGACCAAUCUACUUCUUUGGAGAAGAGGUUUGCCCAAGUUGAAGAGCUCUUCAAUAAAUCCAAAAAGCAGAAGACAGAUACAGUGAUCACUGAGGAAUUGGUAGAGCCAAAGACAAAUUCCGAUCAGUGUGCUCAUCAUGUCAAAUAGAUCAAAAGAUUGAAACAGGAACUGUGCCAGAAGGAUGAUGAAAUUCAUAACCUGUAGAAGAUAGGUGAGAAUACAUUCAUUAUAUUGAUGGUUCUAUCUCUAUAAACAAUGUAGACAUAACGAAUAUCCUAAAGCUGAAAGGACUGACCAUCCACACCAGCCGGUAAGCAGAGUAAAUUAUCAUCCAAUACAGUGAAACCUCAGACAACUUACACUUUUAUCAGGCCUUGAUCAUUUGUCUACAAGGGCAUUUAUUGCAGGGAAAAAGGUUAGUCUAGCUUUUGGAUGUAGCUGCUACAUGUUUCACUGUAAUUUCAGCCUGUUGACAUUUUCAUCUCAUUAGCAUAUGUUAAGAGUCAUAUCUGUGGCUGUCAAGUAAAUUAUAAAUGCAGUCUUAAUGGGUCUAAGAAGGAGCAGGAUGAAGAGUUUAGAGAAAACCUGGAGAUGAACUACUAGCUGAGGGGGAUGGUGUGGAUAUGUCCUACGUUGGAAUUGUUGGAUUUAGCUGGAUAUGAAGAAGAGGUGGAAUGGCAUAGGAUUUGGAUGGUGUUCAAUGAGCUGCAGCUACCACUGGCUAGACAGACUAGUGUAGCCUGUUUUUGUCUAGUGAUAUUUGGAGAUAUCUGAGUGCAAAUGUUCAGUUAACAUAAUUGUGUUGCUCACAUACUAUUGUACUAGAGAGAUUGAUUGAGCUAAUGACAAUGUUUCAUCUGCAACUGAAGACAUCGUUUACCCACAAUGUUAAUGAUCAAAAUAAUGUCCUUACUCCAGUGUCCAUGAGUGAGGCAUCAAUGGUGAAGCAUGAAGACCCUAUAAACAAUGGUAGCAAAGGUACAUGUUUUGGUAUUCAUUCAUGUUUAUUUAUUUUGAUUCAUUCACUGUUUGCAGCUUUGCAUUGUUCAGUGUACAAACUUACUAACUAUGCAAUGCGUAUGUCGGAUCAAUCACAGUUUUGAUACACCGGUUAUGGGGACUCUACCGGAGAUCCAAUGUCAAUUUAAUGAUUUAAAUUUCUAAACUAA